AUGUUUGGGGGCUCAGAGAGUGAUGACUGUGUAACAGCUAAUGGGAUGGUUUACAUUCCUGAAGUAAGAAAUGAGGAAACACCAGCGGUUGGGAUGAAGUUCGACUCGCUUGACCUCGCUUAUAAUUUCUAUAACAGAUAUGCAUUCUUGGCUGGCUUUGGUAUUCGACUUCAUUCCAGCUUUCGGGGGACAUAUAAGAAAGAGAUUCUGAGGAAAGAAUUUGUUUGUUGCAAACAAGGUGCAUACAGGAAAGAUGAAACUCGGGAGAGAAAAAGACAGCGGGGAAUAAGUAGAUGCAAUUGCAAAGCUAAGAUUGUGGUUGUGAAGACAAAUGGGAGCAAGAAGUAUGCCAUCUCUCUUUUUGCAGAGGGACACAAUCAUAAGAUGACAGACUCAGAAAGAGUGCAUUUAUUGAGAUCACACCGUCGUAUUUCGGAUUCUACAAAAGUACUUACAAAACAGUUGGGUUCGGUUAACAUCCCCAUUCAUCAAAAGGUAAGUAUUUUCGAGGUGCAAUCCGGAGGAAUGGAUAAAAUCGAUUUUAUCAAAAAGGAUAUUUACAAUCUUGAAUGUAGUGUGAAUGGGAAGCUGAGGAACCACGAUGUUGAACUAGUGACCGAGUAUUUUAUGGCUGAACAGAAAAAAAAUGAGGCUUUUUAUUUCAAGAUUGAGGGAGAUGGCGAAGACAGGUUUAGUCGAUGUUUUUGGGCAGAUGCAACUUCUAGACGGGCAUACCGGUUGUAUGGAGAUGUUGUUGUAUUCGAUACCACAUUCAACACGAAUCGAUACGACUUGAAAUUUGCACCAAUAUUGGGAGUUAAUAACCAUG